GCCUGCCUGGGAGCUGAACUCAUCAUGACUAACUGAAGGCUUGGCAUUGAACUCCCACAGAAUGAUGAGUCAUAUGGAGCUGCUUAUUUCCUUGAGAAUAGCAAGAAGCAAUGGAAAAUUAUCCUUUGAAUUCGAGAGCCCAGGAGUGGCAUGCAUGAGCCUGAUUUCACAGCGGAACCCGUGGCAGGAAGCUCACCCUGAUGCUUGAAGGAGGGGAGCUCUGGAGCCCUUGGAGGCCUGGCAGGAUGUGCAGGGGUGGAAUCUCCUUCCCUGAGGUGUGAGAAUGCUCUCAACCCCCGGAUGCAGCAGAGUUCACUCCAGCAAGGAUUUCAUUUCAGUGCCAGGAUGUUUGCAGGAGCUGUGAGAGCCUGCUGGACUUUAUGAUGCUCUGGGAGGUGAGCACAGUGCAGGCACUCAGCAGGUUCCUUCUCCCAGACCUGGUAAAAACAGAGAGCUCGGGAAAUCCAGUGUGGAAUGAGAGCUCAGGAAAUCCAGUGUGGAAUGAGAGCUCAGGAAAUCCAGUGUGGAAUGAGAGCUCAGGAAAUCCAGUGUGGAGUGAGAGCUCAGGAAAUCCAGUGUUGAAUGAGAGCUCAGGAAAUCCAGUGUGGAAUGAGAGCUCAGGAAAUCCAGUGUGGAAUGAGAGCUCAGGAAAUCCAGUGUGGAAUGAGAGCUCAGGAAAUCCAGUGUGGAAUGAGAGCUCAGGAAAUCCAGUGUGGAAUGAGAGCUCGGGAAAUCCAGUGUGGAAUGAGAGCUCAGGAAAUCCAGUGUUGAAGGAGAGCUCGGGAAAUCCAGUGUGGAAUGAGAGCUCAGGAAAUCCAGUGUGGAAUGAGAGCUCGGGAAAUCCAGUGUGGAAUGAGAGCUCAGGAAAUCCAGUGUUGAAGGAGAGCUCGGGAAAUCCAGUGUUGAAGGAGAGCUCAGGAAAUCCAGUGUGGAAUGAGAGCUCAGGAAAUCCAGUGUGGAAGGAGAGCUCGGGAAAUCCAGUGUGGAAUGAGAGCUCGGGAAAUCCAGUGUGGAAUGAGAGCUCAGGAAAUCCAGUGUGGAAGGAGAGCUCGGGAAAUCCAGUGUGGAAUGAGAGCUCGGGAAAUCCAGUGCUGUCCUGGGUGUGGAUGCAGCAGUGGGUGCUGCAGUACAUGCAGGCACUGACCCAGCCAGUGGCACCCUCAGUCCUUAGCUGAGUCUGCACCCUUGAACAGAAAAUUGCUCACCUCAGGGGUCUCAGCCCACACAACUGUUUGGAUUACAUGCCGUUUUUGUCUGCACCCAAAAAUUACUAUUA